AUGAUUAGUAGAAGGAAUCUUUGGAGCAGUAUAUCUGAUUUUGCGCAGCAUUGCUCGGGGCCAUGGAUCCUUAUGGGAGACUUCAAUUGUGUGCUGAAGGUUUCGGAAAAGAUAAAUGGGAGAGCCGUUUCAACCUAUGAGAUUAAAGAUUUUGUGGAUUGCUGUAUUAUGUCUGGCUUGUCGGAUAUGCCAUCGGCUGGUUGUGUGUUCACUUGGACAAACAAUUCUGUUUGUUCUAAGUUGGACAGAGUGCUUAUGAAUAAUAGAUGGAAUAUUAAUGGGUUGCUGGGUUAUGCAAAUUUUUUGCCUUCAGGAAGGAAUGUUAGGCGUAAUCAGAUUCCCAUGGUGAUUAAAGCUGAUGGGGAGGCCACCAAUUCUAGUGAGCAGGUUGCCGAGGAGUUUAUUAGUUAUUAUAAGUCACUCUUGGGGUCUUUUUCUCCCUGUGAGCCGAUUAAUUUGGAUAUCUUGCGGUCUGGAAAUCUGUUAUCGCAGCAGCAAGCGGAUAGUCUUAUUGGGGAUGUCAGUGAUUUUGAAAUCAAGGAAGCUUUAUUCUCUAUUGGCGAGGAUAAGGCGCCUGGUCCGGAUGGUUAUUCAUCUGGUUUCUUCAAGAAUGCGUGGCAUGUUGUGGGUGCCCAAUUUUGUCAGGCCAUCAAAGAAUUCUUUGUUUCAGGUCGCUUGUUGAAGCAGCUUAAUCAUGCGGUGCUUGAGGGCCUUGGUUUCCCAGAUCAGUUCAUUUCUUGGAUCAUGGAGUGUGUGUCUUCUACCUCCUUUUUGAUUAAUAUCAAUGGCAGCAUGUGUGGUUUUUUUCAGGGUGCUAAAGGUCUUCGUCAAGGGGAUCCCAUUUCUCCUUACCUUUUUGUGUUUGGUAUGGAGUAUUUUUCCAGAGCUUUAAACUGUGCUACAACUAAUUCAGAUUUCAAUUUUCAUCCUAAGUGUAGCAGGUUAAAGAUCUCCCAUCUUAUAUUUGCUGAUGAUCUUAUGCUGAUGGCCCGAGGGGAUCCCAUAUCAAUUCAGAUUUUGAUGGAGUGUCUCAAAGAGUUUAAAUCUGUUUCAGGGUUGAGGGCUAACUUGCUUAAAUCAAGCAUUUUUACUGCUGGAAUUCAGGGGCAUGACCUGGUGAAUAUUCUAAAUAUUUCAGGUUUUCAGCAUGGCAGCAUGCCUUUCAGAUAUUUAGGGAUUCCUCUUGCUGCGAAAAAAUUGAGAGUUUCUUUUUAUGCUCCUUUAAUUGAAAAAGUUUCAAAGCAGAUCAGUGGGUGGACAGCUUCCUCGCUUUCUUAUGCAGGGCGUGUGGAGCUUAUUAGAGUUGUGUUGCAAGGAGCUGAAUGUUUUUGGUUGUCUAUCCUUUAUGUUCCAACAGCUGUCAUUGAUGUUAUCUAUCGGAUGUGCAGAUCUUUCCUUUGGAAUUCUAAACACGCUCUGGUUUCAUGGAAGGAUGUGUGUCUGCCUAAAAGGGAAGGAGGGUUGGGUCUUAAGGACUUGAAGUGUUGGAAUUCCAGCCUUCUAUCAAAAGUUCUCUGGAAUAUUCAUAGUAAGAAGGACUCUUUGUGGGUUAAAUGGGUCCAUAAUGAGUACCUUAAUUCUUCAUCUAUUUGGGAUAGGAGGGUUAAGAAAGAUGAUUCUCCUUUGUUUAAGAAGUUGCUCAGAAUCAGGGAUGCCAUACGUAUGGCGGGUGGCUCUUUUGAGGGUGCUGUUCGUAUGAUAGCGGGUUGGACUGAUGCUAAGGGUUUAAUUUCCAACAGUGCGUAUGAAUUUUUUCGGCCUAAAGGGCAGAAGGUUCGUUGGGCCCCAGUGGUUUGGAAUGCUUGCCUUGUUCCAAAACAUGCGUUCUUUUUAUGGUUGUGUGCCAAGAAGAAGCUAUUAACUAGGGAUAAAUUAUAUUUUCUGGACAUUGAUCAUCACUGUCCGUUGUGUAAUGCUGCUGAAGAGUCAAUUGACCACUUAUUCUUUCAAUGCUCUAUCAGCUCAUAUAUUUGGAGGAAUAUCCGUGAUUGGCUUGGUGUCUCCCGUCUUUUGUCGUCUAUUCACAGCGGCCUUAGGUGGAUUUCACGUGAAGCUAGGGGUAAGUCUUGGAGGAGUGCUGUCAAGCGGAUUGGGCUGGCAGCUACGGCUUAUUAUAUAUGGUCUGCCAGGAAUAGACUGGUGUUUGAAAACUUGAGGCCGAGUACUGAGUCCAUAAUUCACAAAAUUAAAACAUUUGUAUACAGGACUAUUUUCUCUAUGUAUCCUUGUGUUUUAGUUCAGUAUGGGUUGUGA